AUGUCGCGCGCUUCAAACUCAACCCCUGUCGUAAUCGGCGUCGGGGAUAUCAAGAACACCUCUCGAAAGCCCGAACAUGCGUACGAGCCGCUCGAUCUGAUGCUGCAGGCUAUUGCAGCGGCCAUCGACGACAGCUCUGUGCCCGAGGAGCAGUUGACCGCGGCAAUUGACAGCAUCGACGUCGUGGCGAACUGGACCUGGCCCUAUCCGAACAUCACGGAUCUGCUCGCGGACCGGUUAGGCGUGCGUCCGGUGCACAAGUAUGAGAGCGGACAUGGCGGAAACGCACCGGCGAAGCUGCUCGACGAGGCGGCCAGACGGGUGUCUAAGGGAGAGUGUCGUGUGGCUGUUGUGACGGGUGGUGAAGCGCUGGCAACUUGUUCGUACACCUGCACUAAGCAUAUCAAGCAUGAGGUCCGUCUGACUUCCGCAGUGGCCGCGCUGGCAGCAGCGAAGAACUUCCCUCCCAAGCACUGGACCCCGGUGGACGAUCAUUCUUCCAUCUGGGACCGCACCCAGCGUGAUAACCUCGGCACCCUCCACUCCAUCGGCCUGCCCAUCCAGGUAUACCCCCUGUACGAAGCUGGCUUCCGCGCCCUCCGACAGCAGACCUACGCCGAGAACCACCGCGAGUCGGCGGAGCUGUAUGCAAACUUUGCAGAGAUCGCAGCGAAGAAUCCCCUUUCGUGGAACUAUGGGAAGCCCGCCGACACGGCCAGCACUAUCGGCACGGUGUCGAAGAAGAACCGCAUGAUCUGCUCUCCUUACCCCCUGCUGAUGAACGCCUUCAACACGGUCAACCUCGCCGCCGCCUGCAUCGUCACUUCGGUGGGAUAUGCCCGCGAGCUGGGUGUCCCUGAAUCCCGCUGGAUCUAUCCGCUCGGGGGUGCUGGAACUAGCGACGCCGCGAACUUCUGGGAACGGACGAACUUCUACUUCAGCCCGAGUAUAUCCAGCUCGCUCAACGAAGCGCUUAGAGUCUCCGGCCUGAAGAAAGACGACAUUGACCUCUACGACUUCUACUCAUGCUUCCCCAUCGUCCCCAAACUGGCCGCAUACCACCUCGACCUGCCUAUCACGUACAAGGCCCGGCCGUUGACUGUGCUCGGGGGGUUGACGUCGUUCGGCGGAGCGGGAAACAAUUACUCUCUGCAUGCUAUCACACAAGUCGUCCGUGACAUCCGAGCCGGCCGUGGUCGUACGGGCCUCGUGUUGGCCAAUGGUGGCGUCCUCUCCUACCACUACACGGUGUGUCUGUCUGCGGCGCCGCGCGCAGAUGGAUCCCCGUACCCAGCGCAGAAUCCUUUGCCGGAGUAUGCGGAAGACAUCUCGCCGCCACCGAUUGCAGCCAAAGCCGCAGGACCAGCAGUCAUUGAGACAUAUACCGUGCAAUUCCAGCGCGACGGUUCACCCGGCGAGGGCUACGUGGUCGGCAGACUGGAGAACGGACACCGGUUCAUCGCGAAUGCCGCCGACGCCGCGACGCUGAAGGAACUAAGCAGCACGAGCGCGGAGCAGAUCGGACGGACGGGCUGGGUACAGAAUGACACGGAGUCGGGGCGGAACCUGUUCUCAUUCGGGACCGCACAUCUAUAG